GAUAAAAGGUUUAUAAUAUAAAAAGAAUCGUGCGUGUUACGAUAUUUUUCUGUGCCUAGAGUUGAAACAGUUGAAAUUUUCCCGCCAAUACUUAUGCGUAGAUAGGCCGGAGUAAUGCCUAUCAAUUGCAAAAUGCUAUAAAUAUUUGUGUGUGGAUAUAAUCUUAUUUUGAAUUAUUCUUUUUCGCAUUGAGUUUAUAUUUGUCGCACACUCGUAUCUACAGAUCAUAUUCAUUAAAUUAUAACAAAAUGUCUAGAAAUGUAGAAAUAAAAGCUCGAGUUAAAGAUCUGGAAUUUGCCAAAGAACGAAUUUUACAUUUGAACUCUGAGCUAUGUAAGGACUCCGACCCAAAGACCACAGUUUUGAAUCAGGAAGACGUGUUUUACAAUUUACCAAACACUAGUACUGGCAAAUUGAAAUUCAGAAAGAUCGAGGUAAGAAUUUAGAACAGCCCAUUGAAUAAUAAUAGUUUUUUUUUUUAUUAGUGCACUGAAUUUAGUAUUGAUGAAAAUCAAUAUUUAGGACCUAUUAUGUGUUUUAUUUAAAUAGCUAGUUACGUGUCUUCAUUAUGUAAUGAUCAGUUCACGUAAAUUUGAAUUUUUUACCUACACAAAAGUGAGACAUUUCAAUAUUAUUAUUCUUAAAAAAAUUAUUAUACAUCUUAAUUUGUGGUUUACAAUUACAUUUACAGUUAACUCUUGACAAAAAAUAAAAACUUUAAUUACUGUAUCUAGUUGUUAGAAUAUAUAAUACAAUAUUCUAACAAAUACCCUGAAAAUAAAAUUAAAAUUGAUAGUUGUAAUUGGUUUUAAUAUUUGAUGUAAGAAAAUUAUAAGGUUUUUUUUUUUUUUGUAAACAGGUAUCACUUGUUAAAAAUCUAAUAGCGAUUAUGUGUACUAACUAAACUACAAUUUAUACAUUUAGAUUGUUUUAUAUCAGUCCUCAUUAUAUUCUUAUAUUUUUUAAUAUAAUAAUAAUUAUUAUUAUAUUUUGAAUAAACUGUAUUGUCUAGUACCUAUAGUUUGAUAAAUUUUAAAUUGUUUGUAUCUAAAAAUUUAUUUUUGCUAAUAAAAAUGUAAAAUCAAUCAUAUUUGAAUCUAGGACAUUUCGUCCCCAGAAAAAAUGUUAGAUGUGGACAAUUCAUCCUUAAUUUAUUAUAAUUUUUCAUAAUUUUAUGCAUGGACAAUUUGUUUCUGGUCAAUUUCUUUUCAGUAUAUUUUUAUAAGAUUGUUUUAAUACAUUUUUUCCUAAUAUAUUUUUUAUCCACUUAUCAUUAACAAUUUUUAAUACUAAACUAAUACAAUUAUUUUUUUUUGGAAUAUAAAAAAUACAAUAUAAUAAUACAGGUAAUAUUUUGUAAUAUGUGUAUAAUAUAUGUAGUUUGAAUUAUAAUUUUAAAAUUUAAAAAAUAAAAUUGAUAGAAUGAAAUAAAAUAAUAAAAAAAUUAAUGUUUAAUAUUAAUACUCAAACCAUGACAAAUAGAUCAAAUUUUUUUCUGUCACUUAUAGGUUUCAUAAAAUUAUUUUAAAUUGUUAUAUUUUAUAAAAAUAUGCUAAAUAAUAUAUUACUAGGAAUGGAUUGUCGUGUACGAAUUAUCCGUUUACUUAUAUAUUUAUUAUAUGUACUACACAGGGUUUUCCUCCAGAGUUAAUUUACUAUGACCGUGAAGAAAGCACCGGACCCAAGUUAAGUACUUAUCAUAAAUGCGAAGUUCCAGAAAACUUGUCAGUUGUACUUACAAAAGCAUUGGGUACAUGGGGCAUAGUUAAAAAAAGUAGAACAUUGAUAAUGGUUGGACAAACGAGAGUACAUUUUGAUAAUGUUGAAGGUCUUGGAUGUUUUGUGGAAUUAGAGGUAUGUUUUUGAAAAUUAUUAUAGUUAUAUUACAUAUAUUAAUUAAUUUGGAUAUGUUUUAUUUUAUUUCAGGUAGUUUUAAAGGAUGAUCAAACAGUUGAAGAAGGCCAAUGCAUUGCAAAGAACAUUAUGUAUUGUAUGGGAAUUGAAGAAAUUGACCUGAUAUCUAUAUCAUAUGUAAAUAUGCUAAAUAAAAAUAAAUCAUAAUUGUUGGAAAUUUGUUUUAAUAUUAAUUAAAAAUAAUAUACAUAAAUAAAAGUAAAAAAUAUUACUAUUAUGCCCAAAAGUCUGAAGAUUUAUCAGUUUUAUUACUAUCAAAUGAAAUUGUUUGAUCACUUUCCUGUUCUUUUUUACUUGUUGAUGAAAUAUCCACAUAGUUUAAAUUAUCAUGUUGUAGAUCUGUUUGUUUUUGUGGUAGAUUGUGUGUAUGCAAGUCAAUAUUAUCAUCAUUUUGUACAUUAUUAUUUUUAUUUAUUUCAGCAUCAGUAAUCAGUUUAGUUUGGAUUUGAUUUUUAAUAUCAUUUACUUCUGUUGAGUUAUUGUUAGUACACUUAUUUAUAACAACUGAUUCAAUUUGUGUUUGGUUUUCUUUUAGUGAUUGAUUAAGUAAAUUAUUGGAUCUAUCCAUAGACAAUUUAAUAUGAUUAUUUUCUCUAUUAUUUGAAGAAGUUAUUAUUGGACUUAUUCUAUGCUCAGGAGAUGUUUUACAUGUAUUGUUCACAUUGGAUGACACUGUUUUUAUUGGGGAAAUAUUGGUUACAUUUGCAUAAUCACAAAAUCUAUAAUUUCUUAAAAUUCCAGGGCUUAAAUCAUUUUCUGAUUGUGAAAGGUUAAUGGAGCGUCUCAUUGAACGAUGGUAACCAAUUUUAUUAGCAAGUUCUUUUAAAUUUAUUUUAUUUCUGUUGCUUUUUAAAAUGUCAAAAUCAGAAUCAUCUGAUAAAUUUGAACGAAUGUCACUAUAUGACUUUUUAUCGACAACUCGAAAUACUCUGUCGGUGUAAUGGUGCGUAUUUGUUUGAAAUUUUUUUUCAGCUUUUGAUGUGUUCAUCUCUAAUAUUUUUAGUCUUGAAUGUGCUUUCUUUAUUAUCUCAUCCUCAGUUUGAUUAUCUGAUUCUAAUACUGUGGUUGAAUGAUCUGUGGUAGUUGAAGAAAUGUUUUGAUUUGUAUAAUAGCUAUUUUUUUUAUUAGGGUCAUCAACAAAGUGAAUUUUUUUUUUUACAUUCCUAUUUUGGUAGUCUGCUAUAGUUGGAAGUAUUUGAUGAGCCUUUUCAAUUUGUUUUGUCAAAUUAGAUGCUCUGUUAGACAGUUCUUCAAUUCUCUGUCGCUGAUGUUUUAUAAAAUCACGUAACUCAUCAUUCUCUCUUUGUAAUUUUUUUACCAUUUCUCUGUCCUAUAAAUAAUUAUUUUUUAAAAAUAAAAACAAAAUUUAAAAUUACGUAAUAAACUAAACAUUUUAUUAAAAAAAUUAAACUAACCAAUGAAGAUUCAAUUAUUUGAAGGUUAUUAUCAAUUUUUUUAGAAUUUGUUUGUUCAAUAUUUUUUAAUUUUUCAAACUCUGCCAGUUUUAAUUUUAUUUCUUGUAAUUGUUUAACCAAAUCAAUAUUUUGUUCUUGCAAAAAUGUAAUUUGAUUAGAUUUAAUUGUUGUUUUGGAUUCGUUCAUAUGCUUUUUUGAUUCUUCGUUGAACCUAUACAAAUUCCGGAAAUUAUAUACAUUUAAAUUUAGAAUGCAAUAUAUAUUGGUAUACAAUUAAAAAUGUUAAAUACUAUGGUAGAAUAAAUAACAAGCUACUUAAACCAUGAAAUUAUAAUAGUUUUGCGCAUGGAGGAAAUAAAAAUGAUAUUAAAACAUUAAUUUACAUUUAAAAUACAUAUAUAAAAAAGAUGGAUAUACUUUAUAAAUAGGUGGGCCAUUAGGUGAGAAGUUGGGAAGGUAGUAGAGGGUAAAUUUAAUAUAUAUCUGCUGCGCCGCCACAUAAAUAAUGCUCCACUUCUCUUUCCCCAACCUAAACUUAAAAUUGGAAUAUCUUGUCAAAGGAUUAAUAGAAAUCAAAAAUUUUAACACCAAAAUUUAAUUAUAAUUGAUACGCCAUCUAUUUAUGGAAUGUAUUUAAUAUAAGUUGCAGUUGAAAAUCAAAAGUAGGUAAUGGUUUUACCUCCAAAAAUAAGGGUGACAAAAAAAUAACAUAAAUGUAAAAUUGUACAGCUGCUUGUUUUUUAAAUGUUUUAUACAUGAAAUUUUUAAAAAAGUCAAUACUUUCUAUUGUAAUGAGAUCAUACAUAGUUUACAUCUUUCUAAAUACUAAUGUUUAUAUCAAUCAAUGCUAAUAAUGACAUUUGUUCAUACUUUAAAAUUUCCAUUUCUUUUAAUCUUAAUGUAUAUUUUAUAUUCUCGAUAUCUUGUGAUUUUUUUUUAUUCUCUUCUUUUGCUUUAUUUAAUUUUUCUUCUGUGGAUUUUAGUUUUUCCUAAAUAUUCAAAAUAGUAAUUAGUAAAAAUAAAUGGUAAGAUAUUUUGCAAAUAAAAAUAUUGGGUUAUGAAAAUUGAAUUUAAAAAAGGCUGUCCUAGGAUAAUGGGAAUGGGUGCAGCCACUGUUGUAGGUGGGAAGUUAAGAAGGUAGGAUAUAGACAGAAAUUUAAUGUAUAUCUAUAAGCAAUGAAAAACGAAAAAACAAUUCUGAGCUGAGUUCGGUUGAUAGUGUUGCUUUGUCAUACAAUGAUAAAAUAAUUAAAUAUGCAUUAAACAUUUUCUUUAAUAAUAUUUGUUUAAUAUUUUCCUGUUCUCCCAGUUUUCCCAUUUAUUAGGAAAACUAGGGAAAAUUAAAAAAUGACCUUUUCUAAAGUACCUCUUUAGUCAGAUUUUCUUUCAGAAAAAGUGCUAUUAUUGUAAAUCGUAGUAAAAUUGCAGGUAGAAAAGUUAUCCAUAGGAAAAGAAAAAUAAACAUUGUAAGACUAAUACAUUCCUCGCUCCACUCAGAAUUUAAAAAUAUAAUAUAUAAUAUAUUUAUUAUAAUGAACUGGUUAAAAUGUAGAUAAAACAAUUACUUAUUAAAAGAAUAGAAAACUGCAGAUUCUUCUUAUAUAUUUAUAACAUCAAGGUCGUUGUGAGGAUCAGAUUAGAAAUAAAGAUAAAGAAAUAUAAAAACUAUUAGCACAUUGAUGGAUAAUACUGUUAAAGCAGUUAUUGUAGUUACAAAAAAAUGUACAAGAGCUAUUUCUGGAAGCUUAAUAGCGAUUUCCUUAAACAAUUAUUAAGUUACGAUUGGAUAUUAAGUUGAUCCGCGAAUACAAUUGCACCAUAAUAAACAUAACUGCAUUUUAUAAUUUAUACAUUUAUAACUGCUAUAACAUCACUGUCCCAUCACAUCCUCAAAACCUGUCAAUGUCCAUAAACGUAUUAAAUAUUGUGCUAGCUAACAGUAUUAUUUAAUUUAUUCAAUAAAUUUAUAAUUAUAAUAGACUUUAAAAUUAUUUUAACCAUUAAUAACUAAUGCUAUAUCAAUAGCUUUACUAUUAUUGAUUUACCUAAUGUAACUAAUUGGGAAAGUUGAUUAUAUAUAUAUGUAUAAUUAAAAAACCCUGGUGUAUUUAAUUUAUAGUAGUCAACUAUAAUUUGCAAAAUACCAAAUUGAUUUAUUUUUUACAUUUUAAAUAUGUAUGAGCUUAUUAAAAAAUAUUAAUUAAAGCUAUGGCAUAAUUAAAAUCAUGUAAAAUUUAAAAUAUGUAUUACUUCAAAAAUGUUAAUUGAUUGAUUUAGUUGUUCUAAGCGUAGUUGCUGUGUGAUAUAGUCCAUCUUUUCUUUUUGAAACAAUAAACCACUCUCACAAAAAUGAAAAUGAGUGGCUGACAUUUGUUCUAAAUCUGCAACUUUUUUUACUAAUUCCAUGUUUUUUUCUUUUAGUUUUUUUAAACAUUCUUUAUACACAGUUAUUGCUGAGGUGUUGUAAUUUUGAUGGUAACUGAAAAAUAAAAAUUAGUAAAGAAAAUAUAUUUUUUCAAAAUUAAUAGUGGUAUUCAUAAUGAAUCAGAAUAAGUUAUUUGUGUGAAUAAAUUUCUAAGUUACUUUUUUAAUAAAUUUUGUAUAGUAUUUUUCUGUGCUUCAUUUAAAUUGAACGAUCUAAGGAUAUCUUCAACACUUGCAAGCCAAUUUUUUAUUCUUUGUUCAUAACUAGUAUCACACUCAACAUUUGAAGCUUUGUUUGAACAAUUUGUAUUGCAUUGAACUUUAUCAUACUCACUGGAGAAAAAUAAUGCAGAUUUGUAUAGAUAAUUUGGUUUUUUGUAUAGUUCACAACGUAAGCUUUCAAUUAAAAUUUUUAAGAUACAAAUGUUGAAAGAAUUAAAAAUAUUAAAAUGUUUAAUAAAAAUUAACUUUUUUUAGAGGUUUAAAUAAUUUAAAAGUACUCAAUAAUUUAUUGACUAAAAACAGAAUUUGAAUGUAUAAUACAGUAAAGUAUAAAACACGUAUUAUACGUAUGUAUAAAACUAUUAGUUGUAUACGUUUUCUACUGUAUACAAUUUUAUUUUUGUGACUGCAUUGAACAGAAAUUAAUAUUUAUAAUAUCAAAAAAUAAAAAUAAUUUAUAAAAAAAUUAUUGAUGCAGGGGUAUGCAGUAACAAAUCUUUUGUUAAUGAUUUUUUUUUUUUUUUUUUGUGGUUAAUUCUUGGGUUAACUUAACCAAUAUAAUUGGUUGUGUAACCAACUUGGUUAAUAUACAAUAUUUUGCCACGGACACUAGAAGAAGUUCUAGUAAUGCUUAUUUAGCUCAUAUGAUUAGCUAUUUAAAUAACCUUAAUUCAAGAAUGGUUCCUGUUGUAAGUGGGUAGUAGGGAAAGGUGGGAUACAUAGUUAUUUAAUUUAUACCUGUUACUAAACAUAAACAAUUGAUAGUGAAAAACAAUUCGGAGCAAAGUUCGGUUAUACAUGCUUUGAAAGGCUGUAAUAUUUACGAUUUUCAUAAAAAUUUGUUUGAAUACAAUUACAAAUAUAUUUAUUCAUAACGGACAUUGAUCCAGAUGGAGAAAUAACUUCUGAUUUGAUUAUUAACCAUAUCGUUUUAAAAGAAAAACAUUAGAACAAUUGUUCAUAUUUGCUAGUUGAGUAACAUCAUGAUUAGGUGCACAAUCCUUUUACAGUCAUAUUAGAUGUUACAUUUUAUCUACGACUAGUUGAGCAAUAACACCUAUCAGAAAUUCAAUCUGUGAUGAUCUGAUGAAAAUAUGUUAUUACCAUUAACUACUAAAUAUCUCUACGAAUUGGGUUUUUUCACACCAACCAAUAUUAAAAAUAACAAUUGUGAACGGUUAUUUGUCGAACAAGAAAUACAAGUAUCAAAUUGAAUUAUUAUGCAAACAUUAAGCACACCUCUCACUCUACUAUUAAUACACAAAUAGUAUUUCUUUUUCAAAUUUUUUUGUCAUUUGUUUAUAAUACUAUUUUAUAUUUGUAUUUUGUAUUUAUUUAUUUUAUUAUACUUAUAUUUUAAUGGUUUUUUACAAUAAAAAAGUUUAAGUUUUCACAUCACAUCUUUUGGAAAGCAUACAGUAUACACACUACAAAUACAUUCAUAUAAAUGUUAUAUUAUUUUUACUACCUACUUCAUAAUUACUUAAGGUAAUAACUUAACACACCUGAGAUUAUUCUUUACUGUUGUAAUAGCUUUAAAUAGACACGCAACCAGUGGAUGAAUUUGAUUGUUUUUGUCAUUAAAAUAGUAUUGACAUGUUAAUUUAGUAACAUCAGAAUUUGGCUGAAAGCCUAAUGUUUCUAAAAUAUCCUGAACAACACUUAAUUUAAAAUUAGGUUUUGUAAUUGGCUUAUUUUGAAUGUUAUUUCCUACAUGGCUCACAUAAGAAGAAAAUUCAUCUAAAUUACCUAAUAAAGGUACCUAAAACAAAUUAUAAACUUAACAAUACUCAUAUUAAAAUUAUAAUAUUAUAAAAGGUCAGGGUUACCACCUAAAAUCUCAAUGAUAUGUAAUAAUUUUUUUUGUUUCACAAAAAGCAUUUUUAGUGACCUUUGAAAUAAAUUUUUGUUAGUUUGUAUACUACUUAAAAAUCAAAAAUGCUCUUACUUAUAAUUAUCUUGUAUGGUAAUACUUUUGAUAGGUACACAUAUCAAAGGAGGGGCAUCUAGCCCUCCCCAUGGAUUUUAAAAUUUCAAACAUAAUUUUAAUAAUUACAAUUUUUUUUAAGUACUUUUUGUUGUUAGAUUUUAUUAUGCCCCUCUCUGAUACAUUUCUUGCGGGCGGCCGUGUAGGUACACAAAAUUAGAUGUAGGAAAAAAUUAAUGAUAAAAUGAAAAUAAGGUUCACGGGAGAACCUUAUUUUUAAUAUAAGUGAGUAUAGUAAUGUUUUCGGUUUAUAAAAAUAGCCUAGAUAUCACACGUGCAUGCUUAUCUUUAUUUUUUUACUAUAAAUAUAACUGGUUUUUAGUUUAUUACCUAAUUCUAUAUUAACAAUAAUUUUCAGUACUUGUCAGUACGUGUUUUUUUUGUCGGUUUAUCAUGUGUGUAACAAAAUGUUUACAGUUGAAUUGUUUGGAAUUAUUUAAUUCGGAAAAUCAGUUUUAGAUGACUAUGGAAAUCAUCGCAAAAUAAUAAAACUAAUUCAUGUUAUAAGUAACAUGUUGAUACUAAGAUGUACAUUAGAAAAACAAUUGGUCACAGGUGAAAUUGAUAAAUCAGCACUAUAAGAUAUCAGUCAUAUCAAUGAUACAAAACACAAAUAAAUUUCUUACAUAUUGACCUUAAUGCAUGAUCCAACUCAAAACUCAGUUUGGGACAAAUAGGUACUAGAACUUAUUUGUUAAUGGUCACAAGAUUUACCCAUUACAACUGUUUACUAUCUAAGGGUUGUUUAAUAAAUUUAUAAAGAAACUUUAAUUCUGAUAAUCAAAAACAAAUUUUUUUAAAGAUAAAUAAUGUUUUGUUUAGGUACAUUUUUUUUCAUUAUUAACAGUUGUCGAUAAUAAUUCAAUAAAAAAAAAAAAAAAAAUUAUGGGUCACAUAUUUAAAAUGUGGGGAGAUACCAUAGGCCAGUAGAUUAAAUACUAAAUUAAUACCAAAUAAACAAAUAAAAUAUAUAACUAUUGUAGACCUGAUAAUUUUAAAAAUCUUGAUACUUGUGAAUUAUUUUAAAGAGUACAGAACAUAUUAAGUCUCCACACAUUAAGGCAUGACCCGGGACAGAUUGACUAAAAAAUACUCUCCCUUGAAAAACAAGAUAGGUGGUAACCCUAUUAAAGGGUAAAAUAAUACCUCAGUAGUGAAUACAGAAAGUGUGAAUAAAUUUUCUCGGUUCAAUAAAAAAUCAGCAACUAACAAGUUGAAAGCUUGAACUUUAGGAGAAGAGGAAUUAAUUGUACUGUUUGCAUUCAAAAAUGGACCAUCUUUCAAAGCUUUGAUCAAUUGUUCUCUGAUAUGUGCUCGUGUAUUGUUCAUUAGACCUUUUUCUUCAAACCUGUAGAAGAAAAUAGAAGCCUUAAAACAAAUUCAUUUGGUUUAGACAUGUUUAGUAUAAAAACUAUUUACCACGCAUAAAACUUAUUUUGAAUGUUUGAAUUUUCACUGUUUCUAUCUCCGGUCUUGUGGGAGUUUAACAAACUGUUGUUUGGUUCAUCAAAAUCCAUUUUAUAGUGAAUAAAAACCAAAGUAUAAAAAUUAAUACACUAUCAUCAAUAACGUAUUUGGAUUGAGAAAAUAAUAUUUUAUAUUUUAAUUUUGAAUGAGUAGAUCAUUUUGAAUAAAUCAAAAUGAUCUAUUAUUUAAUUCAAAUUAUUAAAAUUUAAUUUUUAAAUAUGCAAUGCUUUAAACUUUUUGCCUUUUGGUAACGAGCUAUUUAGAAUAGAUCUUUUGUUGACAAACAAAACGUAAACCGUUUAUAAAGGAAAUACUAAACCAUUCAACUUUGUAUGAUAACAUCAAUAAUAUUAUUAUCCAUAAUGUUAUCAUAUAGAGUUCAAUGUACUAUACACACUGAGAGAGAUGAAAAUAAAUUUUAUUAUACAACUACUGUACAAGGAGUAUUAAUCGAGUUGCUACAACUGCUACGAAAGUCAACUACUGCUACUGUCAUAUACUACAUCGAACAUAUGAAUCCGAAUCACGAUUAAAAUAUAAAAUAUUUUAUAUAUCUAUGAUUUUAAUAUCUUUAAUCGUGAUCUAAAUAUGCUCUACCAAAAACAUUCGUUACGAAUGUAUAUUACUCUGAAAUUAAAUUUAAAAAUUUGAUUAAUUUGAUAAAAAAAAUUGCUACGAAAGGCAAUAAUUCCGAAUUGAUUUAACUAUCUUUAGUAACGUAACGUGUCCUCACUAUGGUGAAUCUUUAUAUCACGAAUUUAGACAUAGGAUACUCAAUAAGCAAUUAUCAAUUGUUUUACGAUACUUCUUCCUUUUUGACCACGAAUUAAGAUAUACAAGAUACCGAACGAGCGUGUAAAGAGUGAAGCUCGAACCUUCUCACUUUUGACAAGGCCACUAACACCAUCUAGUGUACUCUUUACAAACUAUAUCAAUAUUUUAUAUAGAAUAGUGUAAGGGUUAGGGUUAAAUAUAUAGUUUAAUCACCGAGAACUGUACAACUGGCCCUAAGACCAUGAUAGAAUAAAUAUACAAUUUAUUACACACCUUACUCCUCCAGUUUAAAUUUUAAACGGGUUUUAGUUGGUUUUUAUACCAAUUUUGUCUUAAAGCGCUAACUGUCUAGCCAAACAGUGAGAACCAGGCGGACUCAGAAAAACAUUGAUAAGACAUUUCCGUUCGGUAUCAUGUAUACCUUUAUUCGUGUUCUUGACAGAUAAUCUGUGUGUUCCUCAUUAAAAUAUUUUACUCAACGGAUUGAUAGUUGAGUAAAACUGUUUUUAUUAAACUUGUUAUCAUAAGUCUGCAUUAUCAACAUAUUAUCAGAGAGCCGAUAAAAUAAUAAUGUUAACCAUGGUCUUAAAUGAAUAGGUCCGACGACUGUCACCUUCCUGCUUAUAGAUCGACGUCCGCUUACUGAGUCAGAUUUAGUUCACAAUUUGCUCACGAGCGCUGCCGGUUAUACUUAUUGAUGUUAUGUAAUUAUAUUACGAUAUCAAUAUAUAUUAUAUCCAUUAAAUUAAACAUAUGAAUAUCCAUGAUUAUAUCACAUUAUUGUACAUGACUUCAUCAACACGAAAAUGUUUUUCAAAAAUUAGUAUUUAGUAAUUACAUUAUUAUCAUAUAAAUUAUCGACCUUCAGGGACUUUAACCAUUAAUUUUUAAUGACAUCAUUUUCAGGAAUAUAAAAAACUGAGUUUUUUAAUUUUAUUGCAUCCAAAUUAACACAUUGUAUUUUUGGGCAUAUUUUAAAGAAAAUUACAAGUACUUAGAAUAUAAUUAAGGAUAAAAUAAUAAUUAGCAAGAUGUAGUAUUAUCUAUAACAGUAGUGAAUAACAAUAUUAUGUUGGUAAUCGGUCAAAAUAUCCAAAUAAAUCCGUUUUUACGAAAAUUAGUAUAUUACACUUUACUUUCUAAUAAAAUUAGCUCAAAUAUCAAAAUAAUUAAUUAGCUCGUAAAAUUGAUAAAAUAAAUCGCGUUUGUAGCAAUAACGUCACGAAAUAUACUGCACAAACAUUAGUCAAAUAGUCAAAUAAUUUUUAAAAUAAUUUUCGAGCAUUUUGACCGAACGAAUAUAAUUCUAUAAAUAAAAAAUAUUUUUAAUAAAAUUGAAAAGGAUCUAGGAACCAUUAGUGACACGCAUAAAAAAAAAAAAAACAUGAAAAAUAUCUUCUAAUUUUUCACCAUCUAUUUGGAAUGUAAGAGACGCAACAUUAAACAACGGAGGUCGGACUAACAAUGUAUGGGAGGGAUGGAAUAAUCAGUUUUCAAACCAAGUAAAUAUUUAUUAUUAGGUAUUAAAAUUCAAUAAUUCAAUAUUGAUUUAGGUGAAUUACAAGCAUCCAACAAUUUGGACAUUGACCACUAAGAUGCGGUACGAAAAUGUAGCAGACGAAACUAAAGUCGCAUAGCGUCAACUGGGUAACCAUUGGACCACCACCGAAAAAUAAAAUAAAAGAUACCUUAAAACAUCUUUGUGAAGAAUACAGUAGGGACAGUAG